CGCAGCACUGCUUUAUGGAUGAGGAUAAAGAGAACAAGGAGGGGGACAAUAAGCCAGAACACCCCCAACCAAAGUGCUGCCAGGAGGUCUACCUGGAAUUGAACAAGUAUUUCAACAGAAUCAAGAUGUUCCUGGAGGAUAAGAAAUACAGUGUCUGUGCCUGGAAGAUUGUCGCAGCAGAAAUAAGAAGAUGUUUCAUGAUAUUUUACAACUUCAAAAAACUACUCAAGAUACAAUCAGAAUCACCCAUCUUCACACAAGAAGUUAGAAACUGCUCAAAUGCACUCAAGAACCCUCUCUGCUAAGGCUAUUACCAACAUGACGCUGAACUCCAGACUCAACACUUUCCAAGUGCAAAGUUCAAGACGGUACACUCAAACAAAGUCCUAUGGUAAAACAAAGACAAAUUCCCGUGAAAAUGUUAUAAGAAAUGUUAAAUUCAAAAGACAAAACAAGUUGUGGAUUAUUAUGACAUUUAGGUUACCAGCAAAAGAAUCAGAGAAUAAAAUGAGUUAAUACAAUUUA